GAUUCAACUCCUAAGCUCGUUACUGAGUAAUCAAAAUCCCAUUUGUUUCUGAGUAUAAAGAGGCCUCUACUUCCUCGUCUUUUCAUACAUGAGUUGAGAUUCAAAAUCCCUGUCAAGACUAGCUUACCCACAAUUCCGUUUACUACAAGUAAAGGGUUUUUUAAUUUAUAUUUAUAUACAUAUAUAUAAGCUGUAUUUAAAAGUAUUAGCAAGAUAAGCUUAUUUCUAAAUGCCUUUUUCACAAGGUUUUAAAAACGUGUGUUAAACUGAGACAGUACACACAGUUAUCAAUUAAAUAGAAAGUUUCCUUUUUCCAGUAUGGUUUCCAGUGAAAUACCUGAUCUAUUUGUCACAUUUUUUUUGCUCUGGGGCUUUACUAACCAGUUUGAAGGAGGAUCUGGUCUUCAGUGUCUGAGGUACAACAUGUCUUUUGAGCAAGAUUAUAAUUGAUAAUGACUGCAUAUACCAAUUUUUCACUUCUUCUGAUGAAGUGGCUUCCAACAGGAUGUUUGCCAACAUCAAGUCAUCAUAACUUAAAGCAAGCAUUUGGAAAUGUUGGUGUAUGUUAUUGCUUUCCUUCAUCAUACUGCUAGCACAGUUCUGUAGUUCCUUUUCUACCAAAGACUCCGAGGAGGAGGGUGAACAGUGCUCUGCUCUGCUAUGUCUGCUUCCCAUCAUCCUUGUUUACCAUGUGUGUGAUUUUAUUUUUCUCUGGCACUCUUUUUCCUUUUUUCCUAAGGCAGUCGCUGCUAUUCGCCUGCUCUCUCCUCUUCACCCCAUCAUGUGGUCCAUCAUGAGCCAAGCAGUAAAUCAGAUUGUGAAGCAUUCUUAGACCAUAAGUGGAAAUCGUUGGCACAUGAUAUGCGACAAAGAGAACUGCUGUUGUAGUUUGUGGCUGGUAGUAAAUGUUGCAGCUAAUCCUAGGAAAGACAGAGAAAGACGGUCACCUGUGACUCUAAAUUUAAGAGAUGAGAGCUGUGUUUCAAGCUAUUACAGACAGAUUUGCAGUAGACAGAUUAGCUUUGAAAAUUCAGCAGCCAUGGUGUGUUUAAAUGCAAAACCUGGCAAAUCCACUUGUUUCCCUGGCAGCAUAUUAGGAUCUUAUUUUCAGUGGCAGCAUAUUAAUAUCUUAUUAACAGUGAAGGUCUGCAGCAGGACAGAAUUGGAAAUAAUUCCUCUACCAGAAUACUAAUCUUCUACAAACCUGAUUGGCUUUGUCUGUUUUUCAUCAGAGGAGCUUCUAAUUCCCUGCUGUAUGCAAGCAUAGACACGUUUUUAUUUUAAUAUCCACAGUGCUGUAUGCAGUGGAAGCGAGAGUUGCUCUGCUCUAUAAGUUAAACUCAUAAGAUCGCAAAGUUUUCAUCACGUUGUACUACUAACAGACGGGGAGUGAACAGGAAUAAUGUACAAUGAGUUCUCACUGUUCCUAUUUUUAUUUUAGACAUCAGUCAGUGACAGAGAAACCUAUUAAAUUGCUUUUACAUAUGAGUUCCUGGCACACACUGAAUUUCUCUAGCCCAUUACAGAGAUUCCUGGGUAAUGAGCCCAAGAAUUUUAUGAUCCCUGAAUUCUGUUUACAGAGAUUGCUUAUAACACUCCUUGUAGAACGCUGGCAUACUGUCUGUCAUGUAAUGAAAGUGUAAAAUAACUGAUGUCAGUGAAUGGAUCAGUUUAGUUAAUAGAAAGGUUAAAGAUAAAUAAUUAACAGUGUAACUGGCUGUUCCAGAACAGGGCUACAAAGCUGAUCGCUGUAAAAGCACAUUAAAAAUGUCUGUCACUGAAUAUUCUCAGGUCAGCAGGGGGGCAGCCAAAGAAAUUGAUCCAUAAGCACCAGAUUUUAAUGAUGGAUUUAAGGAAACUGUAUGAAAGAAGGCUCAGGCACUCACAUUGCCACACUGGACUCUGUUGUGCCACCACAGUCCUUUGUUCUGCUGUUCUCAGCAAGUAUUGGGAUCUUGCUCCCAUCAAGUGUUCAGAGGUCAGCAGUGAGUGAGCUUGUGGUCGUAUCCAGAAGGAAGAUUAAGGAAAAGUUUCUCUACUAGCUUAAUAGUUUAAGUCACUGAAGAAAUAUGACAGCCUUUUAUCACUCUGCUGAUGUUGGGUGCGUCUCUUGACAGCUGGGCAGGCCAGCAGGAUGCCAAACAUGGAGAGGCAGUAGCCAAGAGGUUCUAUGUCUGUAUCAGUGUGGAGCUAACCUGAGUAAGGAGCAGCAGUGGUCACAUCAGUCUCAAGGUCCACUCAGAGUAAUUUAUUGUGCUUUCAGAUGAAUGAAUGCUCAUUCUUAAUUCUGGGUCAGAUAUUUCUGUAAAGCACUGCAGUGCAUUCAGAGGCUGGGUUAAAAAGUUGAAGUGAAGAAAUGCACUACUGAAAUUAUACUACUUGCCUCAGUGAUUAAUAAUUCCCGACAUUCAGCAUGUGCCAUGCUGGACUCUGCCUAACAGCCCUAAACCUUGGUGGCAGCAGGGCUCUGGACAGAUGGAGCCAAGGAUAUGGCGUCUGUGUAAUUGCUUUAACAACCAAAUUUGUAAUCAUCUCAAAGAAUGAUAUCAAGUUUGUGUGGCAUGACCUAUUUUAUGUGACACCAUCUUGACAGGCCUUAAUUAAGUUCUCAUCCAUUAAUUCUUUAUUGCGCAAAUCCUGUAUCAACUUUCUGUUAUUUUACCUGGCUUAGCAGGGAUGGAUGGCAGGCAAGGGGGUUGAGAUUCACCUGGGUCAACAAUCUCUCUUUGCAUAUCAGCAAAAUAUUAGCACUUCUCUUAAUGCUCUGAAAUUUCCUCAGUAUUCCAAAGCUUGUUGAAAUCAGCAUUAGCUUGCUAAUAUUUAAAAUAUUUAUUCCUUAUACAAUUUGUUUAAUAACUUGUGUUGCCAAUGUGUGUGAUGGUGUUCAGCCACUAUGUUUCCAAAUAUGCGUGGUCUUACUGAGGACUUGGCAAUUACUCCACAAACAGCUUGUCUUCAUCUGGUCGGGUCCUUUGGCAUUACUGUUAGCCUCUGUCCUGACAGAAGUUUAUUUCCUAGGCUCCAGCUUCCCAUGGGAGUUUCCUACAUUUUGUCAUGUCUAACAACGCUUGUUGUUUGUUUUCCUAGUUUUUAUUGUUGCAUUCUCUUUUUCAUCUUCACUCUGAUAGUCUUGCAAGCUUUACUGUAAUUUUUGUUACUGAUGUUUGUGGACAUUUCCCUAAAUCCUCUUACAGCAAAUUCUUAAUCCUUUUUUACCCUAAUCUGAAUUUCCCCUCCUCAGUUGCAUCCAUUUUUCUCAAAUCAGAGAUAUUAGCACUUUGAAGCAGCAAAGGAUGUUAGGAUGUUUGCUGUUAUACUCUGCUCUGGCCUCUGCCUGUAUUCUUACGAGAUAUGUUGAGGGUGCUUUAAACCUGGGUGUGGAUUUCUUCCUGUCAGGACCAGGGUACAGCUCCAACUGCCUAAAGCUGGGCUUGGAAAUGAGCUUGACAUCUUUAGAGAGAAGGAUCGGCUGUGCCUAUUUCAGCUGUGCAUGCCAGGGUCAUGUGUGAUGUUCUUUUGCUAGGAAUGCCUAGCUGGUUUUAUUCUUAUUUUGGUCAUUUUUUUCCUCUUCAGGGUUUAGUUUUGUUAAUUGUUUCCUUUUCCUUUCAGAGUCAUUGUAUCCUUUGAGAUACUCUUGAGAUUUUCCAAGAAUGAACAUUCUUUUCUGUGAUUAAAGUUUUAAACAACCGAAUUCAUAUAUACAUCUGUAGCGUAUAUAUUUAUAUAUAAUGGGUGGGGGAGUCUAUACAUGUUACCUGCUUGUGUGUGUACUCAUAGCCUGUAUGUUUGACUGCAUUUAAAAUAUGUCAGAAAAAUAGAGAGUUUAUUAACAAAUCUGAGUAGUAGCAAAUCGCAAUGUGAUAGUGCUGUUGCUAAGUGUAGAUGGACAGAUGUUACUGAGAGUACAAUUAAUGCUCUGCUCAUCUCCUUAAGCCAGAAAGAGCAAUAUUUAAUUCCUGAGAAGUUAUAUGGUAGAAAUUAACCCAUAAAGACUCCAUGAGAAAAGAAGGCAUUUGGCUAGUCUUAAUAGAACAAGAACUCUAUCAUGUUAUCCAAACACAGCCUUGGAGAACUGUUCCAGGGCACAAGGCUGAGUGCAGUGCUCCGAAACCACAGAAAAAAAGAGGCAGUAUUAUUCAAGAAUUAGUGAAACACCAAUCGGGACUGACUGCACCACACCUCCGACAGCCCAAAGUGACCAUGUUUACCAGCUCAAACUCAACUUUAUCAUGUUUUAUGUGGCUUUGUAAAUCGACACCGAGGUUGAGCUGCAUAGGACAUAGAUCACACGGAGUCCAAGAAACAGCCAGGGGAUGAACUGAGUGGGUAAGCGCUAGCAGAGCUGCUGUGGGCAGGCUUAGUGAGAAGGCUGGCCGGACACUGAUGGAGAAGUAGAGAGUAGUAGCUUUGUGCUGAAUUGGUGCAAGGUGUGCGUGCUGACUCAAGCCUUUCUCACUUUUACUCCUCCUAGAUGUUCUGCAAAGCCCUAAGUGUGAGUGUUCUUUUCCCCUAAUCCUUCGACAUCUGUGUUUCACUGGUGUUGGUGCAAUAUUUUGCUUCUCAUUGUGCUACACGGUGCAGUUUCUCCCCUACCGAUUAGAAUUUCAGAGUGAAUUGCUCCUUACUUCAGUAUUUGCUCUGUAUGUUCAAGGCCAGACACCUCCUCAGUGCGUUUUGUUUGAGUACGUGAGCCAGGCUGUGCCUAACCACAGCGCAGAGCAAUUGCAGUGAGGUGCGUUACUUUACGUGUAUGGCACUGCACAGCAUUGCACAGUUGUGCCUGACUGGUAACGAGCAAACAGUGAACCAGGGUUCAUUAAACUUCUGAAAAUCAUGGGUGUGGGAUUAGUCAUACGUGAUUCAGGUUGACUGUCUCCGUGCUAGCCUUCCUGUCCUGAUAUUGCUGUCCUAUGUAGCAAUUAAAUUCAUCAAUAAUAACUUUUUUUUAAAGCAGUGGUUAGUUUAAAAGCCUGAGGAGAGAAUGACUGUUAAAAUAAUUAGAUUUCCAGCUCCAGUUUCCAGGUUAGGAUAUCAUAGAUGCAUUUGUUCCUAUCACAUUUGCUUUGAUGUUCAUUAUGAAUUUGCGAUAAGGAAGCAGCAGUUGAGAUGCAAUAAUAUAAACAAUAAGAUCAGCCUGGAAUUAGCCUGGAGAGUAUAAAGCACACGCAGAGCGUGUGCUGGGUCACUGCCUCUCCCAGCACAAGGCAGAAUCAGGUUCCUGUGAUAGGGAAGAACUCAGCUGACGAGGUUGGUCUUUCCAGGCUUGCACUGUUGCAGCUACAGGGUAAACCAGAUGGUGCGAUGAAUGGCUUUUGCGAUGGGCAGAGACUGGAGGGUGAUGUCCAUGGGUCUGUAGGCACUGUCAUUUCAAGUUUGUAGUUUAGAGGCUCUGGAGAAGACCCUGGAAUCGUCUCGGAGCUAAGCUAAGAUUUGUUCUCGGGAUCCCCCAGCCGGUCUGAGCAAUGAGCAUGAAUCUCUUCUUUGUGAUCUCUCUCCUCUUUGGCCUGGCUCUCGGUCAAACAGCAUCACUUUGUGCUCCUUCCGAGUAUAUAAUCCAUGUGGAGAAAAGGGAAUGUGCCUACUGCCUGGCCAUCAACACCACCAUCUGCGCUGGAUUCUGCAUGACUCGGGACAGCAAUGGCAAGAAGCUGCUGCUCCGAAGCGCUCUGUCCCAGAACGUGUGCACGUACAAAGAGAUGUUGUAUCGAACAGCACUCAUCCCAGGCUGCCCUCAUCACACCAUCCCUUAUUAUUCCUACCCCGUGGCAGUGAGCUGCAAGUGCGGUAAAUGCAACACCGAUUAUAGCGACUGUGUUCAUGAAAAGGUUAGGACAAACUACUGCACAAAACCUCAGAAGCUCUGUAACAUGUAAACCUCCGACAGAACAUGGUCAAAAUGUACCUCUCUGCCCACAAUGAAUCGUAA